UGGCCGAUUUCUCCAGCGUGUGGCGCCCCCAGGCGACAGCGGAGACUCAAUGUGACGGCCCGACGAGCGCCUGCCAUGGAGCCGCGGAAAGAGGCGCGAACGUCCAGGGACCGCGUCGCGCGGCCGCCCGGGGCCUCGAGGUUUCAGACACCCGACGAAGAGGAGCGGCAGGAGGGCGGCUCAGCGCCGGCAGCGGCUGCCUUGGAUGUGGAGGCCGACGGGGCCAGUGCGGACGGGCUGUGGGAAUUGCCAGUGGAACCGGCGGAGCGGAGGCCCGAGUGCAGCCGCUGCAGCCGGCCUCAGAAAGUGUGUUUGUGUCCAUUUCUGCCAGUGCAUCCUCUACACAUCUCUACCCACUUGUACAUAAUUCAGCAUCCCGCAGAGGAAAAUAAGGUGUUGCGGACAGUUCCUCUAUUAACAGCAUGUCUCCCCCAAGAUAAGUGUAAAGUCAAGAUUGGUCGUCGCUUCAGUGAGGAAAGAGAUCCUGAACUUUCAACUGUUUGUCAGAAGUCUGAUACAUUAAUAUUGUAUCCAGGGGCUGAAGCUGCUAAUUUGGAAGAAUUUAUAUUAGAUUCUCCUAUUUAUCCUUCCACAAUCAUCAUCAUCGAUGGUACAUGGAGCCAGGCUAAGGACAUUUUCUACAAGAAUUCCUUGUUCCGACUGCCUAAACAGGUGCAGUUAAAAACUAGCAUUUCUAGUCAGUAUGUAAUUCGUGCGCAACCAACUAAUAGGUGCCUUUCUACACUGGAGUGUGCAGCUGUUGCUCUUUCUAUCUUGGAGAAAAAUAAUUACAUACAAGAGACUUUGCUUCGCCCUCUUCAAGCUUUAUGCUCUUUCCAGCUUCAGCAUGGUGCUCAAAUUCGCUUCAGCAAGGAACACCUUCUGAAAAAUGGAUUAUAUCCUAAGCCGAUGCCAAAGAACAAACGCAAACUCAGGAAAAUGGAGCUAUUAAUGAACAGUGUUAAAAUUUAGUACAAUUGUUCUUAUGGUGCUAGUUAUGAUUUCUUCAGCUGACAACACCUAAUUAACUUUUUUACAUUUUAAAUCUGUGGGCUUUUGUCUAAAGAAUGAGUUACAUACUAAACUUACCCAGAAGAAGAAAGUAAUCCAAACAGCCAUAAAAACAAACACAAUUCACUGACUCAGCAAAAAGCAAGAUUUCAUACUGUAUUUGGUUUUAAAAUGUGCCUCUCAUACAUUUUUUCAAAUCAGUAAUUUGAAAUGUGAUUAGUUGUUGAGCUGGUUUAGAAGUUCUUAUUUAUAAAAUGGAAUGGAAGAAAUCAGUGUGCCUGAUUGGUUCAGUACUGUUUCCAUUUAGUGUUUACAGAUAAUUAGGUGUAGACCUAUAAUAGAGGAUACCUACAUCAACUUGCAAUCUUGUACAUGAACUUUAUAGUCUGAAAUAGGUAACAAAAGAAAAUAAUACUCAAGUAAUUUAGGUUGAAUUUAUUUCAUAAAAAAGUAUUCUUUAGGGACUAAACUUGAGUUCAGCUAGUGUGAUUUAUGUGUGCUAUUAAUUGCCCAUAUUUUUAAAGUUAGAAAUUA